AUGCGCAGUCCACUGAGCUUUGAAGCUUAUGGCGGAAGCUUGUGGCUUAGUAAAGAGCCAUUUUUCCUCAAAGGUGCAAGUUUUUUUGGCAUGGAGAGUGAUAUCUGCGUCCCGCAUGGAUUGUGGGGUGGACCAGACUCUACGACACUUGCAACCGUUGCGCAAUUGCUGCGUUCGAAUGGAUUUAAUCUUGUUCGAGUGCCUUUGGCUGUGACUGCAGUGGCAAAUAACAUCGUGGUGGAUCGUUACAAGAUUGGCAAUGAAGUGGCAUUACUCGAGACCUUUGAAGGACGAGAAUUACGGUACUUGGAUGUACUGGACUACAUGGUGCACGAGUUAGAGCGUCACAAUCUGCUGGUACUACUGGAUGCUCAUGUGAUGCAACCUGCUGGUGCUAUUACAUCCUUGUGGUAUGAUGAUGAUCAAGGAUGUCCGGAGACAGUGGUGGCAAAAAUGUGGGCCUCGCUGGCAACAAGGUAUGCGAGCCAGUGGAAUGUUCUUGGUGCAGACUUGAACAAUGAACCUCAUGGCGAGGCGACGUGGGGAUCAGGAGAUGUUAGGACCGACUGGAGACUUGCUGCCAUGAGGCUGUCGGAGAUAGUAUUAAAGAUAUGUUCUCGGUGGCUGAUCUUUGUUGAAGGUGUCCAGACCACAGGCUGUGACUCGGGACACGAGAUGCCGUGUUUCUGGGGAGAGAAUCUACAGGCGGCAAUUGUAUAUCCUGUGAAGUUGUGUGUGGACCAUCGCCUCGUGUAUUGUCCGCAUACGUACGGCCCUGCAGUGUCGUGGCAGCCGUAUUUUAAUGCGGCAAAUUUUCCAGAAAAUAUGCCGAGUGUAUGGGAUCAUCAUUUCGGAUACUUGAAGCACCAGACGGACGUGCCACUCGUGAUCGGGGAGUGGGGAGGUUGCCAUGAGAAUCGAAAAGAUUGGAGCUGGCAGACGCGAUUUGCCAAGUACGUGCAACAUAUUGGAGUAAGCGGUGUUGUCUACUGGUGUGUGAACCCGAACGGUAGCGACACGGACGGCUUGUUGUGUGCAGACUGGCGUACACCAAACGCAAAUGCUUUCCAGCUGAUGUCGCGCUUCACAGGGUCGCGUUUCCCGCUUUUUCUUGUUGUCCCUACAUUUCUUCAUGUCUUCGUUCCGCUCACUCAAACGAUUUCUUCCUGA